GGGGAUCAAAUACUUCUUUCCCUCACUGUACAUUCGGACAAAUAAAAUAAAAACAAUUCUUAGUUAAAAACAGGCAAGAAACAAGGAAAACAAACAAGGGUCAAAACAAGGAAGCUACAGAAUUAGACAUAUGUUUUGAUAUAUGUAAACCAAGGCUAGUAUUUAACGCUAGCAGUGCAUGGGAACACUUUGUGCCGAAUAAUGACAAAGGAUAUAAAAAGGCAAACGAAUUAUGAAAUAACACAGUACAGGUGAACACACUGGAGUAGCAAAUUAAUGACAGGACAGGGGUGGAGACAGGACUAAAAUAGAAACCAAAACAAACAUGAGCAUGUAGCAUUUAUCACCGUGGAAACCAAAGUGUACAGAGAGAAUCUGUGACAAUUGUAUAUUAGUUCAUAAACUAACAAUUUCACAUGGGCUUAACGUGCAAAAAAAGAGGAGUAUAAAAAACAAACAAACCCCAACAUCACUACACAGCUCUGUCGCCCGUCGUUUUGUGUCAUUUGUACUUUGAUUGGGCAAUGUGUGCUGCAUCUCUCUACUUUUAGUUUCUCCUUCAAAGCCAUUGAAAAGGAGGAAAAGGAGGACGACAGAGUAAAUAAUCCACCUCGUUCGCGUUAAUUACAACCGCAAGGCAAUAACAAUUUGUGUUCUUGUGUUUUCUAGUCCUUUCCAGUCUUCUCUGAAUCUUGUCUAGUUUUAAUGAAGGACUUCUGUGUAUUUUUAUUAUUUCAGUUUGUGCACAAACCCUGCAGGUGAACAUAUGCAGCAUAAUUAUAGUGUAUUAAAGUGUUUGAGUGGUGUAAGUACUGUAAGAAAUGUGUUCUUCAGAUCUUUCAUUAAAUUGGUGAAGAUUUGCUGAACGAAUUAUAAAUGUAACAUUAAUGUAAUAUAACACUGCACUUUUUUUUUUUUCUUCAAAUGUUGCUUCCUACAUGGAAAUUGUCUUAAAAAAAAAGUUUAAGGUUACUAUAAUAACACAGCUGGUUUGCAAAUGAGAUUGUAGUGUCACUGAAGAGCAUUUGAGUGCUGUGACCACAUCAGAGACUAUCACAGCUCAGCUGAGGCACCAGGAAAGAGAUUUAAAGUGGUUGAGGGGGCGUGUCUACAUCAGAGACUAGAACUUCACAGCUCAGCUGAAGAUUAUCUAAAAUAGUCACCAUGCUGUGGACAAGAGAGCUUAGCUAUUCUGUCCUGGUUGUCGACAGCAUCACCCUGAUCACCGGUCUUCCUGCCAACCUGCUGGCUCUCUACACGUUUAUCCGAAAGGUGAAACAGCGUGCUACGCCUCUAGACGUGCUCUUGCUCAGCCUUACCACAUCUGACCUUCUCUUCCUCUUAUUCCUCCCGUUGCGUAUAAAAGAGGCGGCCAACAUGAAAUGGACUCUGAGCUCCUUCCUUUGUCCACUCUCGGGAUUCAUCUACUUCAGCACCAUCCACAACAGCACCUUGCUUUUAACGGCUAUCAGUGUGGAGCGCUAUCUAGGAGUAGCCUUCCCCAUCAAAUACAAACUGAAGCGAAAUCCUCGAUAUGCCGUGAUCGCCAGUGUCAUGUUCUGGGUGCUUUCCAUGGGCCACUGCAGUAUAGUAUACAUUGUGGAGUACCAUAAACACAGCAAUAACACCCUCAAAGAUCUGUCCAACAGGUCCUCCUGCUACAAAGAGUUUACCAAGGAACAGCUGGAUCUGCUCUUACCUGUCCGUUUUGAGCUGUUCAUCGUCCUGUUCUGCAUUCCUUUUCUAAUCUGUUGCUUCUGCUACAUCAACUUCAUCAUUAUCCUCUCUCGCUUACCUAACUUCAACCCUCAGAAACGCUCCAGGGCCAUUGGGCUUGCUCUGGUCACCCUCCUGGUUUUCAUCAUCUGCUUUAUACCGUUCAAUGUGUCCCAUGUGGUGGGUUUUGUUGUAUGGUACAGUCCACCCUGGAGAGUCUACACAGUAUUACCCAGCACCUUCAAUGCCUGCUUGGAUCCCUUUAUCUUUUAUUUCUCUUCAUCAGCAGUUCGGGAGACCUUCCAUGACAUAAUGCAACGGUUCCUCAAUUGGCUAAACCGUUCCUUUGGUCAGAAAUGCAGCUGUCUGCAAUUAGGCCGCUCUUCUGCUUAUGAGGAGAGAACACAGAGUUCCAAUGAUACGAUAUAGAGUCGUACAAUUGUCGAUGAGCAGUAUAAUUUAACCCUGAUUACACAGUCAGAUGUGUGUCUAGGGGCGAUUUCACAUUUUAAACCCCCAGAAGGAUUUCCAAUAGCUUUUGGUGGAUGGUUCACACAACACACAUGAAUGAUAUACCAUUGUUUUUCAAAGUAAUUGCACACGAUAAUGACGUUCAUAACAGGUAAUCGUGACAUUCCAAUAUACGGUAUAUAACCACCCAAAAUGUCAAACGAAUCAGACCUUUCGUUUGUUAAUCACAUGUUUCCUACCAGCUGAGGAACUGGAUUAACCAACCAGGAUCAUGCUUUUUCUGUUUAAGAGAAAGCCAGGUAGUAGGUUGCAUGGUGGCUUAGUGGUUAGCAUGUUUGUCUCGCGUGUCUUGAGUUAGGGGUUUGGAGUUUGCAUGUUCAGAAUUUGUGGUAGUGUGCUUCAGGGGUUUUCUCCUGCUACUCCAGUUUCCUCCCCCAUUCCAAAGACAUGCACUGUAGGCUGAAUGGCAUUUCCAAAUUGUCCAUGGUGUGUGAGUGUGUUAGCACCCUAUCCAAGGUUACCCACGCCUUGUGCCCCGAGUUCCCUAAGAUAGUCUUCAUGUUGGUUGGAUGGAUGAAUGGAUAGUCAGUUUAUUACCCUAGCUAAGCUGAGAGCCAAUCAAAUGCUGGAGGUGCAAUGCAGGAGGAAAAAAAAAGAAGGUUUGAUUUUUUUUAGGUAAAUUACAAAUUUCCCCUUAUUACUAGCAUGUUAUUUUGAUCAUUUCCAGUGGAACUGUCAUAAAGGUAAUUAAAUUCCUAUCCACACUGAUAUUAUUAAUAUGAAAUGAUUGAUUGACUGUACAUUCUGGCUUAAAUAAUUACAUGACAAUUAAGAACACCACCACUGCUUCUACUAUUGUCUGGCAUCCACCCAAAUGCAUAGCAUAUUUCUCCACCCCACCUUGAAAUGAAUUCCUGGCUACACCACUGAGACAGUUUGCCCUCUACGGUACCCUCUACUCACCUGCUCAGAACUGUGUUCUCCUUUACAAUCAGUAUUAGUUGAGCAGUAAUGCAGAACUUUUUAGCUUUUUGAUGUUUUGCUUCUACAAAAACUGUUAUUUUGAAUUACUUGCUAUAGUUUAUAUUGUUAAUAUGCUUGUUUUUGAUAACUUUUGAAAAAAAAAAAGUGCCUCAAUGUUUUUGCAUUUCUAAAGACUUUUCUGAAUGUUUUAUUUUUUAAUGAUUUAUGUGUCUAAUUGAGUAUAUGAUUAUUAUUCCUGAGGGAUCAGUGUCCAUGAUGAGUUUAGAAUUACCAUCUGUCAUUAAUUCUGCUUUCUUUGAAAUGUGACUCAACUGUCUAGACACUUUCACUGUGUAUAAAAUUGAGCAUGUUCUUGAAAAAGUUAUCAGGAAUUACUUUUCAAAGGUUAAUCAUGACAGCUGUGUCAAGGAGAGAAUAUUGUCAAACCAUGAGAUAGUCUUAUCUUUAAAAACAAAUAAAGGAUAAAAUGAUCUACUUUUAUAGUUACAUGUGACACACAGAGAAAGGCACUCAAAGUGUGAGAAAGUACAGUGUCAGAGGUAAUGGCUGAACACUUUGGAACCACAGGAAGGUGAGGAGAAAGAAAUACACAUGGCCCAUUACCACAGUGUGUGACGUAAAAUGGCAGCUCUAUUUUUUGUGCUAUUUCCACUUACCACUUACCACUUACUUUUUUCUAGCCACUUUCAGUUUGCAUCAUAGUUCUUUGAAAUGUUAUUUGAAUAAAUACGUCAAGCCA